AUGGACAUCCAACAGCGAGGGCGCUCUCCCUCAGUCGGCCAGCGCAUUCAUAAGGCGCACUCUCCCUCGCCCAGCCCACAUGCGCCCUUCCAGCACCAGCACAACGUCGGCCUGGGCUUCGAUCCUGCUCAAGACCCAUCCUCGUACGCCGUCACCAGCGCGGGGCUAAACAGCACGCACUUCCUCACCACGACCCAAGGCCAGCCAUUCCCCCAGCAGAACACCUUUGCCGACCCAGCUUUCUUCCAAGCUGCGCAGAACAUUUCGCAGCACAACACUCCGCAAUUCGGCCCCCAAGGCAGCAACAUCUCGCCCGACCCACUCGACAUCGCCAACUCCACCAACGCCGACUACGCCAACUUCUUCCAGGCCAACGACCUCGGCCAGAACCAAUCGCUGCCCUCGUAUCUUGGGAACACGCUUGACCCGCACAUGCUCGACAGCCAGUCGCAACACAACCAGUCUAUCGACCCUUCCGAUCUUAUGCACCAGAUGGCAGCCACACAGCACAACGCGCCUACCCCGCCGCACCUGCUGCCCAACAUGAACAACCACCAUUCUCCGAGCCCACAUGCUUCGCCGAACCUGAACCAAGGCCCCUUCAGAUCACCCGGCCAUUCGCGACACACGUCAUUAGACCCCAGCGCGGCCUACGGUCAGAUUACGGAAUGGGGGCAGAUGGCGGGCGGGUUUGGCCAGCACAGGUCUAGGUCUAGGGGCAACAGCGAUGCUGCGUCCUCUGUACACGCAUCGUCGGUGCACAACUCGCCGUACCUGCACCACCAGGACAGCUUGGACAAUGAGCAGCCGUCACCCCUCAUCAACGCACAGAACGACCCCCAGCUAUUCCAGGACCCUGUCCCAGGAUUCGACCGAUUCAACCUGAACAGCAGCAAUGCGCACAUGAGCGCGGGUAACAGCCCCCACAUCUCGCCUCGUCUGCUUCCCCAGAAUCAACAAGUCCUUCCUCAAUUCCAGCCCGAAACCUUUGGUCUCACCCAGAACAUGAACCCGUAUGCGCCUCCAGACAUGAACAGCUACCCAGGUCAAGCUGAGCCGUUCCCCUCACUGAAUCAGCCUGUGCCUGAGUUCGGUCAGGCCGACGCCAUGUCGCCGCCGGAAAUCAAUAUUGACUUUGCACCGCCUUCACGGCAAGCAAGCUUUGAGCCACCCAAGCCCGAGCAUCAAAUAGAUGCGCUGAGCCCGCCAGACAGAUGCUCGGAUGUGAACCGCUCACUUUCCCCACACGCUGCCAAGUCUCGUUCUCCGUCGCCCUCGAAUAAAUCCUCGCGCCGUUCUUCUACAUCAAGCGUACCCAAUCGCGACUACAUCUUGGAUCUUGCAGACCCGUCGCGACCUGCGCCCGCGGAUGGCUCCAACCCAAAGCGCACACAGAAGCAUCCGGCAACCUUCCAGUGCACGUUGUGUCCGAAGCGCUUCACUCGAGCCUACAACCUUCGAUCGCAUCUGCGAACACAUACGGACGAGCGUCCGUUCGUCUGCAGUGUCUGUGGAAAAGCCUUUGCGCGCCAGCACGAUCGCAAGCGACAUGAAGGUCUCCAUUCGGGCGAGAAGAAGUUUGUCUGCCGUGGCAACCUCAAGAAUGGCAACAACUGGGGCUGUGGUCGACGAUUCGCUCGUGCAGAUGCUCUUGGACGUCACUUCCGAUCCGAGGCAGGCCGUGUGUGUAUCCGACCGCUACUCGAAGAGGAGGCGCGCGAGAAGGGUGAAUGGGAUGGCCAAAAUCAGCAGCUGAACAAUGGCAAUGGCAUGUUCGCACCAAUGCCAGCUCAAAACUUUGGUAGCAUGAUGCCCGGGCAAACAGGCUUCGAGUCGUUCCCUCAGGCUGGUGGCAUGCAAGCCCCACAGCCAUUCCUGCCCGCUGCCAUUCUCGCUCAGUACCCAGCACUCGCGGGCAUUCAGUGGGAUCAGCUCCCAGCCGGGCCGCCUGACGACGAUGGCGAUAUUAGCGGUCGCAGCAGUUUCGACGCUUCUAGUGGAGGCGAAUACUUUGAAGAAGAGAGCGACUACCAGCAGGGCGGUCAACAGCCCAUGUACGCUGGUGGAAAUAACAGCGGGUGGGUCAGUGACUCGUACGACGGACGGUAA